GGCAGGUCCCUGCAGCCCUUUAAAUACCAAGGAGCUCAUCUGUGACCAGAAGGAGGAGUAGUUAGUGGCAUGAGGGAGGGACACAGUGGGUAGUUGACCAGGGACUUGCUGCCUCCCUCCUCCUAAUCUCAGGCUGUCAGAAACACAAGAUCCAUGUGGGAAAACUGUCAUCAACUGGCACCUGAGAGACUCCAGCUCUGCUAGUGCUGCAUCCCCAGCCCUGCAACAGAGGGAGGUGAAGUGCUCACUCUACCCAGCUGCUUACCUGUGGUGAAGGGAGGCAAGAAAGUGAGCUGCUGCUGACUGGGGACAGAAGAGAUGGGGCUGGGGCUGUAAGCUGGAGAUCUGCACUGCAGGGACAAGGACCCAAACUAGCAGCUGCAAGAUGCAUCAGAACUCAUGUCUGAACAGGUAGCAGCUGUGGCAGGAGGUGUGAUAGGAGGGAUCCUUUUAUUCACCCUUAUUGGAAUAGCUCUAUACCUGCUUUGGAAGAAGUUAUGCUUCCUACCUUCUUAUGAAGAACUUGUCAAUCCAGUUACUCCACCAUGUCUGGAGCCCAGUCUACAGGAUCAGAAUUUUACCCAAUCAUCCCCUGCAAUUCAACCAAAAAGCACAAGAACUAGAAGUGUUCCAUUCAUCAUUCCACCAAAAAUUCAUGUGCGAGACUGGAUUAAUCUGACAAAUGAAGAGCAGAUCCAGGAGGACAAUGAGCUGUACAUGACCCCUCAGUCUGGAUCUCGGUCAUCUUUUCAUUCCUUGGCUGGGGCUUAUGUUAUAGGAUCCAUCAAUCCAGAACUGUACAAGGACCCUGAAGACAACAGCGAGACAAACUUCCCUGAGGGCAACAUUGGUCGUCUUUGGUUCUCAGUGGAAUAUGAGCAAGAAACAGAGAGGCUCCUUGUCUUCUUGAUUAAAGCCAGAAACCUUCAGGCCCCUGCAGAUUCCUGUAGUCCCUUUGUUAAAAUCUACCUGUUGCCUGAUGAAAGGCAUUUCCUGCAAUCCAAAACCAAAUGCAAAACCCCCAACCCACAUUUUGAUGAAAACUUUGUUUUUCAGGCUUCCAGUAAAACAUUACACCAAAGAACCCUGAAGUUCUUGGUCUUUCACACUGAUAAACAGAAAAGGCACCACCUCCUGGGCCAAGUUAUUUUGCCUUUGAGAAAUGAAACACUAACUAGUGACAGCAAACUGGUCAUUUGGAGAGAUCUGGAGGCAGAAAACCUGGAGCCCCCUUCAGAGUGUGGAGAUAUCCAAUUCUCCCUCAGCUAUAAUGACUACCUGGGACGUCUCACUGUGGUGGUGCUAAGAGCAAGGGGAUUGAAGCUACAAGAUGAGAGCUUCACUACAAGUGUGCAUGUCAAAGUGGCACUGAUGAACCACAAUAAAUUCAUCAAGUGUAAAAAGACAGCAGCUGUUCUAGGAUCCCCCAAUCCAGUAUAUAAUGAAUCCUUCAGCUUCAAGACAGACCAGAAAGAGCUGGAUACAGCAAGCCUGAGCCUGUCUGUGCUUCAGAAAGCUGAGGAUGACAAAAGCCACCAACUAGGACGUGUAGUGGGGCCCUAUAUGUAUGCUAGGGGCAGAGAGCUGGAACACUGGAAUGAAAUGACCAGCAAGCCUAAGGAGCUGGUUAAACGAUGGCACGCUCUUGCUGUAGCACCUAAUUAAGAAACUGGUCCCUCUGCAUGGUAGUCAAAGGACACAGUCCUCCUAUAACACACAAAAUUAGUA